AUGGCGGGCGUUUAUGAAUUACCCGAUCCCGUACUUGAGAAUAUACUUGCUCGACUUGACGCCAAGGCAUUGAUACGGUGCAUAUGUGUAUCGAAACAUUGGAACCGUCUGAUUACAGAUCCUUACUUUAUGAAGUCCAGAGCACGUCCAAGUAUCAUCUUUCUCGCAGCCCAAAAGCAUUUUGAUCUUCUUCUAGCUGACAUUAAUGACAACUCGAUGAUUAAGCUUUCUUCAACUUAUGGACCUUGGAGGAGUAAAGGUCAUCGGGUGUUCAAAAUUAUUGGAACAAUCAAUGGCAUAGUGCUUUUCCGUAAUUUGGGUGGCGCCAAAGUUGGUGAUUUGAUGCUAUUCAAUCCGUUUACCUUGAAUUACAUGCUACUUCCCCCUGCAUCACAUGGUAGUGCGUAUUUUUGCAAACAUUCCGUUAUAACCUACAAUUAUGCAUAUGGAUUUGGCUAUGGCAGUGGAACCCCAGAUGACUUGAAAAUAGUUAAGUUUACAGAAUACAACAAGGGUUGUCCUGACAAUCUUUGUGGCGGCAGCGUUUGUGAGAUCUUCAGUCUCAAAGAGUUUACGUGGAGCAAGCCACAAGACAUGAAUAUCAAGCACAUUGAGUUUGAGACUACUGUGGGUACGUUUCUGAAUGGAUUUUUGUAUUGGACUCGGUAUAAUAUGGACAAACUGAUUGUCCUCGAUGUUGCCAAGAUAGUACUUUCGGAAAUACAUUUACCUUUCAAAAGAUCGUAUGGCUUUCGAUUUUUUGGUCAUUGCUCACAUUUAGGUACCAUGCACGGAUGCCUUUGCUUGCUGAACAGGAGCAUGAACGAUAUCGAUUAUAACCUUUGGGUGAUGAAUGAUCAAGCGGACGAGAACUCAUGGUCGAUCAAGUGUUCAUUUACAUUACCUGAGGAUGUUAAUCCUUUCUACCACGAGUUUAUUUGCAUAUUGGAUAACGGAAGGAUUUUUAUGAUGAAUAAAGAAAAACUUCAUAUCUACGACCCAUCUGAUGAAUCAUAUACAAUGACUGAUGUUUCGAUAAGUUCUAAUGAUUCAAUACAAGGCAUCGAGUACGUGGAGACUCUCGUUUCACUUUCAGAUGUGUGUUCUGCUUAA